AUGUCGUCUUCUAUAUCACCUUUUUAUCGUCCAGGGGUUUUCCCCGCACUUUCCAACCGGCUCCUUUCCAGUGCCUCUCAAUCCCUUCGUCUUGCUAUUAACCAACAAAUUUAUAUCAAAGCUGUAUAUAGCAAUCCUUUACGAGUCACUGGUUUACCUUUAACUACUACGAAAGGCUUCACUUAUUUGAUAGCAGCUUCUUGGCAUCCUAAAAGAAAACGAACUGCUGUAAAUUCUAUAUCUGGCAGUGGUCACGCAUGGUGGAAAGAACGUAUGAGAAUAGGUAAAGUAGAUGCAGGAGAGGAUGCCUUUUUCUAUGUUGGGACAAAUAACGGUGUAGCCUUAGGAGUAGCUGACGGUGUUGGUGGAUGGUCUCAGAUGGGUGUGGAUCCAGCCAAUUUCUCCUGGGCAUUAAUGGAUAAUGCUGCAAGUGUAGCAAAAGACAAUGCACCAGAUCUGUCGCCAUUUAUUGCCCCAUCUGGUUAUAAUGACAUAUUAGACGCUAAACAGAUACUAAGCGGGGCGUUCGACAAUCUGAUAAAAAGUGGUAAAGUCAAAGCAGGAAUCCUUAAUGCAGCUACUUUAGGCGACUCAGCAUACAUUCUAAUCCGUAAUGGUGCACUACUAUAUGAAUCUCCAUCACAACAACAUUUCUUCAAUUGUCCAUUUCAAUUAACUAUCGUACCUGAAUCUUACCCUAACCAAAAGCUCUACUUUAAAGACAAGCCAAGCGAUGCUCAACAGACUAGUCAUCAGCUUCAAGAUGGUGACGUUAUUCUUCUAGCUACUGAUGGAUUUUUUGAUAAUGUGUUUGCUGAUGAGGCUGUUGAAAUUGUAAAUAAAGAGCUUCGUGAUGUCAUGGGUCAUGAUGGUAUGGUUCGUGAAAUGGAUCUUGAAAAGCUUCGAACUCAUGUUAGAAGACUUUCAAGAAGGUUAACAGAUACAGCGAGACGAUUUUCUAUAGAUUCAAGGAGGAUAAGUCCUUUUUCACAAAGCGCAAAACAAAAUGGAGAAAGUAGAAUUGGAGGGUUUGCUGGUUUAUUAGCGAUCAGUAUUCCCUAG